AUAUACAAAGAAAAAUAAAAUACGAAGGGAUUUAUCUAAUUCCUCCCAACUAUUGCAAUGGCGGUACUUGUCAAAUCCCUCGUUGCACUUUUCUUUUUCAUUUGUGUAGUUCAUGGAGGAAGUAGUAUAUGCACAAAUGAGGACUUGAAAAUCAAUCAAGUGUCAACCGGAACACAAGUAGGAGGGAAGGCUGAGUACGAAGUUAGCAUUGAAAAUACAUGUUCAUGUGUGUUUGUGGAUAUAAUUUUAUCAUGCGAUGGAUUUCAAACACAAGAACCAAUCGAUCAUUCCAUUUUAAACAAAGAUGGCUCGGAUUGUACCAUCAACAACGGAAAUGCUAUUGCUCCAAGUUCUACCUUUAAAUUCAAAUAUUCAUGGGAUCAAAUGUACAACUUCUCUUUGAAGAAUUCUCAAAUUGCUUGUUCUUAAUUAGUUCCGAGGAAUAUACGAACUAGUUUUUCGUAUGAUCCUAUGCAUUCGUGUAUUUUCGGAAUCGUUUUCACGUUUUGAAUUAAAAUUUACGAACAAUCACACAGAGUUAAAUUUGAAAUGUUCCUAUUCGAUCCC